UGGAGAAAAAGAAAGAAAAGAAGAAAAGAAAUUUAUUUAAGAAGGAUGCAUUGCUGAGUGCGCAAUCAGCGUUGUAAAGAAUACCGCUGCGUUCUUGUGCCUCUAGCUGGGUUUCCAAUGGCGGCCAUAACCCGCCUCGUAAAGCGCACCCCCUACCUCCCUUGCGCGGCGCGAUUCCUGUCUCACGCGCCGCCGGAGAAGGAGAGGAAUGUCCAGUGGGUGUUCCUGGGGUGUCCCGGCGUUGGAAAAGGCACCUACGCCAGCCGGCUUUGCAAUCUCCUUGGCGUUCCUCAUAUCGCUACCGGCGAUCUCGUCCGUAGCGAGCUCGCCUCCAACGGCCCCCUUUCUUCCCAGCUAUCAGAAAUUGUUAAUCAAGGUAAAUUGGUGUCCGAUGAAAUCAUCAUGAGUCUAUUGUCGAAGAGGCUGGCUGAUGGGGAAGCAAAAGGUGAAUCGGGAUUUAUUCUUGAUGGGUUUCCACGAACAAUAAAGCAAGCGGAAAUAUUGGAAGGAGUGACUGACAUUGACUUGGUAGUCAAUCUGAAGAUCCAAGAAGAAGCACUGCUUGCCAAAUGCCUUGGUAGAAGAAUUUGCAAUCAAUGUGGAGGAAAUUUUAAUGUUGCUUCCAUCAGCAUUAAGGGUGAGAAUGGGCGCCCAGGAAUGGUCAUGGCUCCACUUCUUCCUCCUGCACAUUGUAUGUCAAAGCUCGUUACACGUUCAGAUGAUACUGAAGAAGUGGUCAAAGAAAGGCUUCGAAUAUACAGUGAAAAGAGUCAGCCUGUGGAAGAAUUUUACCGUAGCAGAGGAAAACUGUUGGCGUUUGAUUUGCCAGGAGGGAUCCCAGAAUCUUGGCCUAAGUUGCUACAAGCUCUUAAUCUUUACGAUUAUGAGGAGAAGCAAUCCGUUGCUGCAUAAGAUAUAAAAUCAUACCACACAAAUGAGUAUUUCAUUCUUUGCAUGCAUGUAUGUAUUGCAUGCUUUAAAUUUUGCAGAUAUAGAACCAAAGAGGUGUUCAAAUCUGAUAUAACCUCUUCCCGGUUGGGAAUUCACUAUUUUAAUUCAGUUAAUAAUGACAAUGGUUUUUAUGCUUUUUAAUGGGUUCAGCAACAGUUAAUUCCUAUAGAAUUGCUGACUGGUUAGGAUUUAGCAAUAAGCUUCAGUAAGAUUGGCUCAUAAUUACUGUGUUGUAACUGAAAUAUGAAAUACGAAUGAAUUAAUGCUGUUGUACUAA